AUGAUUAUUUAUAUUCUUGUUUACGUUGAUGAUAAACUAUUAACUGGCAAUAACCCCUCCUUCAUUCACUCCAUCGUCUCAGCUUUGGAUACUAAAUUUGGUCUAAAGAUUUUUGGUUCUGUUCAUUAUUUCUUGGGCAUCUCUGUUGUUCAUACCUCAUAUGGGUUACAACUUAAUCAAGCCAAAUAUGCUCAAGAAGUUCUCUUCAAAUUUGGCAUGAAAGACUGCAACCUAUGUGCCACUCCUAUGGUUCUUGGUUCCAAGUUACACUUUGAGGAUGGUCUUCUCUUCGAACAACCUUCCCUCUACAGAAGUCUCAUUGGUGCUCUGCAAUAUCUUACCAUAACCAGGCCUGACCUCUCUUUUGCUGUUGCAGACAUUCUUACCAAGCCUUUCUUUGGUCCUCAGUUUCAGACUCUUCGUGAUCAUCUUCAUGUGUUUAGCUCUUCCUCUGUUCUUCAGCUUAGGGACAAGCUUCACCACCUAAGGAAACUCUAA